AAGCCCUCGGGCAGGGGAAAGAAAGAGCCUGACACAGCAGUGACACAAAAGUCAGAUGUUUCACAAAGUUAAUCAUCAGCAGAACACAAAUCAAUAAAGAAUGUACUUGCUUUAGAGAACUCUGUCCUUCAGCUCCUAUCCUGUAGAAAUUGGGGAAGACCCACUUUUCAGGUCUGGAGGAGGAAAACCAUGGACAGGCCCGUCAGUGAUGGUCAACUUAAAGAGAAGGCACUCUUCCAGGACAGCGAUUGCAGAUCAGCUCCUGCCAAAAGCAUGUGCCAGAAUUGUUCAAAGCUGAAGAUAUUUCUUGGAGCUCUUGCUUUUUCCUUUUUUGCCAAAGGAUUUUGUGGAAGUUACAUGAAGAGCAUGUCCAGUCAAAUUGAAAGGAGAUUUGAAAUCUCAUCAUCAAUUGUUGGCAUUAUUGAUGGCAGCUUUGAGAUAGGUAACUUAAUGGUAAUGGUGCUUGUGAGCUACCUUGGACCAAGAGUUCAUCGACCAAAAGUAAUUGGAGUUGGAUGUCUCAUCAUGUCCUUAGGAACAUUUUUGUCAGUGAUGCCUCAGUUCCUAAUGGGACGUUAUAAUUAUGAAAGGGUAACUGUUACUGUGGACAACUCCUCUAUGAGUGUAUCAGCUUGCUCCCCAGCAUGGUCUGUGGGCCGUCCAGUCACAGAUGCUACAGAAACACCCAGCGCAGUGAAAAAUUUUGGAUGUGAGAAAACAACAAAUUCCUAUCUGUGGCUCUUUGUGUUGAUGGGGAACCUUUUACGUGGAAUUGGAGAAGCACCAGUUAUGCCAUUGGGGGUUUCAUAUAUUGAUGAUUUUUCUAAAGAAGAAAACUCAGCAUUUUACAUAGGUCUGGUGAGAUCUUCUGGAAUGUUUGGGCCAACCUUGGGCUUCCUUCUUGGAUCUUUCUGUGCCAGCCUCUGGGUUGAUAUUGGCGUUGUGAAUAUCGAUGACAUCAGCAUAAAUCCUAAGGAUACUCGUUGGGUUGGUGCCUGGUGGCUUGGACUGCUCAUUUGUGGAGCAGUCAACUUCAUUGCUUCAUUGCCUUUCUGGUUUCUACCUUAUUCCUUACCAAAAGAAGGAGAGAAUGAGAAACUGAAGAUUAGCCAUAUUCCUGUUCAAGGAGAUCACUGUAAAAUAGACCCCCCAGUUCAGCCAGAGCUAAAGUUCUCAGAGGCAGUAAAAGAUUUCCUCCCAGCUCUGAAGAAGCUGUUUGGAAACCCAGUUUUCCUGGUUUUCAUCUUCCUCACUAUUCUGCAGUACAAUUCUCUUGUUGGGAUCAUAACCUAUGAGACAAAGUUUAUGGAGCAGCAGUUUAAUGUAUCAGUGGCAAGAGCCAUCUUUCUAAUUGGUGUGAUACUUUUACCCGUUACAAUCCUGGGGAUGUUUCUAGGAGGCUUUCUGAUCAAGAAAUUUAAACUUCACAUAACUGAAAUGACGAAGUUUGCAAGCAUCACAUUUAUAGUAGCCUAUUUGUUAAACCUCUUGUACUUCACUUGCAGUUGUGAGGUGCUCCAGGUGGCUGGUUUGACAGCAACCUACUCUGGAUUAAAACAUCUUUCCUCCCCCAAAACCAACUUCAUGGCCAGUUGCAAUGCUGACUGUGGCUGCAAACUGGAUCAGUGGGACCCUGUCUGUGGUGAUAAUGGGAUCACUUAUAUGACAGCCUGCUUUGCAGGGUGUAAAUCAUCAGCUGGGACAGGCAAGAAUAUGGUAUUUCACAAUUGCAGCUGUGUGGAAGGAAAAGGGCAUGGACUUGGCAAUUCCUCUGCCAUUUUGGGACAAUGCCAAAGAGAAAGCUGUACCAAAGCAUUUCCCUAUUUUUUAGCAUUACAGACUGCAUGUGCAUUUAUUUUAGCCUUAGGAGGCACUCCUACAUACAUGAUUAUGUUUAGAUCUGUUUCACCAGACCUGAAAUCCUUUGCUGUUGGGAUUGAAACUUUAGUUGGUAGAGUACUAGGAGGACUCCCAGCCCCUAUUUAUUUUGGUGCCUUGAUAGAUGAGACCUGCUUGAAAUGGGGGAUAAAAAACUGUGGAGGAUCUGGAUCUUGCCGGGUAUAUGAUACAAAAGCAUUCAGAAACGUCUAUCUUGGCCUCAUUGCAGGACUACGGGCAGGAUGCUGUCUCCUGUACAUAGUGCUCACUGUGUUAAUAAUGAAACGCUUCAAACCAGAUGGAAAAGAGGCAUCUGAUAUUAAAAAUACAGAAAGAUCAACCAGUGCAGAACCAGCUAAUGCCUACAAAAAGGAAAUUCUUCCUGGUGCAAGAACCUCAGAGGAGAGUGAGGAAACUUGUAUGUAAAAAAAAAGAAACAAGAUGGUUUUGUAACUCUGCCUAUGCUUCAUUUUUGCUAAGCACAAUGGGAGUCUAAUUACUGAAUUCAACAGCUAGUUUACUUUUUGGGGGUUCAAAAAAUGUCUUUGAAAUGCUGACUUUUAGUUAGCUUUACCCUAUCCUCUUCAUCUCCUCAUCUGGAAAAAUAAGAGAAAAACAUUUUCAAAAUCCUGGGGAACUGUCUCAUCCUUCUGCUUUCAGUCCCCUUCUAGACCAACAGUAGGACUAGCCAAAUUUUUUCAAGGGUCAUGGAUUUGAUUAUGAUUGAAAAAUUAAAAUGGAGAAAUCCACAGUGAGCUGCUUUUCCAUUUUUUUACUGACUUUAUUUCAAGACCUCUUGCUCUGUAUUUAGUCUUACACCUCUAAAUGCCUAAUUGAGUUCCACUUGCCCAGUUGAUCUGACAGCCUUUUUGCUUCGUGGUUCAUGACCAGAGCACUUGUUCCAGACUGAGUCCCAUGGCCCCCACUCAGGUGAGAGCCCCAGGGCACCAGUGAGCACUCUCUGAACAAGAAUUGCAAUGACUCUGGGGUUUGGCUUGAACACACGAAACAAUCAGAAUGGAUUGCAAACAAAAGCAAAUGGUGUAGUAAUAUUGCAGCACAUCUCAGUAUUGGGUUUGAAUGAAAAGACUCUGAACCAAUGCAAUAAAGUGAUAGGUGUUUAAGUUUAAUUUUUUUGGUGUGUUAUGUGUGAGUGUAUGUGUGUGUGUACCAGGAGACUGUUUUUAUCCUAAUGUCCACUGCAUUUAUCUAGAUU